AAGGUCUUUCGUAGACUAAGGGACAUAGGUCUCAACUUAGACCUUAAGAAAUAUACCUUUAUAGUAAAGGAGGUUAAGUACCUAGGGUAUAUCGUAGAGGUAGGAGUCUAUAUCUACCUCGACCCUAAGAAGAUCAAGGCUAUCUAUAAAUAA